AUGAAAGAGAGGUGUCUUUCAGAUGUUCUAAUUACACGAAAGCGUUUCAUUGAAGAACUUCCAGCUGCCUACGGAGGGCAUCAGAAUCACUGGCGUCAUUUGGAUGGUAAAGUUGUCGAAAGGUUGGAUUACUUAUCUGAUGUACUUGAAUUACCAUCACUGAACUGCAAGCCAAAUUUGAAGCGUAUUAUCAACUUGCUUACUACAACAGUACAGCCUGAAGUAUUAAGUCCGAUGUCACGAUACAAACUGCUUCAAAUGAAACAAAAAUUGGUUCAAUGUGGUAAGGCACAGAAUAAAUUAGAGCAACACAGAGAGAAAACCCAAAAACAGAUGAAUUAUUUUAAUAGUUACAGUAAAGUCCCGAGAAAUAUGAAUUGUAUACAGAACUCACUCAAUAAAAAAACCGAUCUGCUUGCUCAUGAAUAUUUGGAUGAAAUGUCUGAUAAACUAGAAGAAGCAGAACAGUUGUACAAAUGGAGUCAAUGUCUACCUCAGUUGUGA